CAUGGAGAUGUUUGGGUUGUCUCCUAUUGCAUCUUAUGUGUCCGAUGGAACUCCGACUUGUGCAUCUUCCAGGCUCCAGCAGCACGAACACCGGGUGGCGGUAGGCCCCCCCACCCCAGAGUUCAGUGCUGCAACAAGGAGAACAAGCCCCAGCAGAAGGGGAGUCCCCUUAGUGGUGUGUUGCAGACCCCACAUCGUAACUUCAGCAUAGCCUCUGUUGCCAGCACGUAUUCUGAGUUUGUGCGAGACCUGUCCAUGGCCACUAAGUCCGAGAUACAACACGACUUCCUGAACUCCACUACAACCAAUCUGUGACCUCUUUGCUCUGAUGGUAUUACUGUUAUUUUUGUUGCCGAGUCUCCAAAUCAAGGUUCAGAUGUCCGAGUGGGUCACCACUUUCUACUGCUAUCAGCUUUUCUGGGUAGAUGAAGUCAACAGUAUACUGAGUAUGAAGUUAGUUUAUCUAGGAAUCUGACAUCGAAUGCUGAUGGUGCAAUCUGUGUUUGAUACGUCACUAUCAAAGGAAAAUUUGUUUUCUAAAAUAAUUGAACAGUAUUUUGGGUUUCGGAUUUAGUCCAUUAUUCAGAUGUUAGUUGUCUAUUAUAAACUGCGCAUAUGCUUUUUUUUUCUCUGUUGACUGCGUGGCUUUUUGAAGUUAUGCAUCUGGUGUUAUAGGCCAAAUGUAUUAUUGUACUCUGCACUUUUAAAUUAAAAAAAUAUAUAUUGCAACAAAUUUUUACUAUGAUUGAUUUUGGAGAAAAUCUUUUUAAAUAAAAAGUUUGUUUUUAACUGUCUGUAUGGGAACACUGUGUUAAAUUUGUGCUUGUCCCUUUUUUUUCUCUUUUUUUUUAAAAGCCGCUAUGCAGAUUCCAUUUUAUCUGGGCCUUUACAGAAACCUCUUUCUU